UGAGUCAGUUCGCGACCGGGCGUCCAGGCAUUCAGAUCGCUCGCAAGGAUAACGCGCAAGGAUGCGAGCAAAACGCGAGGAGUAAACAAAGCAUAAAUAAUACAAUUAAAAGUUGAGCGCGCUGCCUUCGCACAGGACUUUCGCACACUUGUAGCCCAUUUCCUUUCGGGCAGUGCAACACAAAAGUGCAGGCAUUAAUUAAUUUAAUGCAUAUGUUGCCCAUACUGGCAGUACAAAAGUGGAUCCGACCACACGAUUCCAUUUGAAGCGAGUGAGUAAGUGAGUGAGUGAGUGAAAAGUGUUCGACGAAGCGUUUAAAGGACCGCGCUGUGUGCCGUGUGCGAUGCCCAUAACAACGGGGUUCGCGAUUGCCAUUUAAGGUGGGGCGAUUAAGUCACGCUCCUCCGUAUCAGCGGCAUCAGCCGACCAGCAACUUGGGGGCAUUGACACUGUGGUUUUAGUGCGGAAACACAAAGUCCGAGAGUAAUACAUUAAAUCCUGAAUUGUCAUACCAAGAGGUGUUGUUACAUUCCAGGUGCAAAUGUAUCCUUUAAAGCUAUGUGCUUUAAAACCUACCACCACCGAAAGCACAAUGUUCCCACCCAGCUCUGAAGGACACAUCCAAGUGUCGAAGGCUAACUAGGCUAAGCAGACCCCACCGAUUGCAAUUGUAAUCCCCAAGGGGAUCAGGUCAGCAGGAUGCACCAGGUACUCAGCUACGAGACGGCGGUGCGGGCCAACAGCUCUCGGGAGUUCCGCGAGUACGUCUCCAAGCGCACCUGUGCCUCCCUGGUGCUAACGAUUGCCUUCUUCAUGCUGAUUACAGGAUAUCUGCUCGGCAAUUUCGUGGCCGAGCGCAAGUACCACAUACGCCAGAUGACGAAGGACGGCGGUAGGUCCGUGAAACUAAGCAGCGCUGAGUAUGCCAGCCUGCAGGAGCUGCAAUCAUAUCAGAAGGCCAAGAGCCAACUGCUGCUGGCCGCCCAGGAGCUGGACAAGCUGCAGCAGCAGGACGAGAGCGAGGGGUAUCUGGCCACCUCGCUGAACACGGAGAUCUUCAACAGGUACAUAUCCUGCACGCAGGACAUACCGCCGAACACGAACAUUGCGGCCAGCCAGUUCACGGAGCAGCUGAUCGACAACACGGUGGCCAGGCAGCGCCACUGCUUGAUGAUCAUCCAGAGGGUCAUCGACAACCACCUGGCCAACAGCCAGCUCUAGAGCGGCACGGAUUCCAGGACUUAAGGAUGGAUGGUUUAGAGGGCCAGUGUUUGACAUUUGAUAUCUAUGUGUGUAUGUGCUUUUAGGUGUGCUCAAUGUGUGUGCUCCCAGCUAAUUAGAAAAUAGGUUUUGUAAUUCAUGUGAAUGUAUUAGAUUACACAAGUUUUUUAUACAUGUCUGCAUUAAAAGUUCAACUUUACUUCGA